AGGCCCUGCCAGACCGGCAGCUCCGACGGGCGGCCCCCGGGCUCCGGCAGCCGGCGGCGGGGGCGCGGGCCGGGGGAGCCCGCGGGCGCUCGGCGCUCGAGGACGGGACGCUGCAGGAGCCGCAGGUCGACCCGCGCGCUUUGACGCACCGGGCGCCGCUGCGGCAGGAUGAAGCGCUGCUCGCCUCCGGCCGAGUUGUUUUGGCGAGAGCCGCUCCCGGUGCCCCGAGCGCUCAAGGUCUGAACUUCCCUCUGGAGCCGCAGUUGGAGGCGCAGUCCGAGGCCACCGGCGGGCGACGGCGCCCGAGGGGAGCGCAGCGCGGCGUGCCGGGGGCCCGAGACUCAGCGCAGCCGCGGCGCCAGAGCCCCGGGAGCACCAGGUACCCCUGACCCGGCCGGGAAAGCUUCCGAGAGCUCAGCAACAUGGCUUCCUCACCCCACCAGCAGCUGCUGCAUCACCAUAGCACCGAGGUGAGCUGCGACUCGAGCGGAGACAGCAACAGCGUCAGGGUCAAGAUCAACCCCAAGCAGCUGUCCUCCAACACCCACCCGAAGCACUGCAAGUACAGCAUCUCCUCCAGCUGCAGCAGCUCGGGAGACUCCGGCGGGCUUCCCCGGCGGGUGGGCGGCGGGGGUCGCCUGCGCAGGCAGAAGAAGCUGCCCCAGCUGUUCGAGAGGGCCUCCAGCCGGUGGUGGGACCCCAAAUUCGACUCCGUGAACCUGGAGGAGGCCUGCCUGGAGCGCUGCUUCCCUCAGACCCAGCGCCGCUUCCGGUACGCGCUCUUCUAUGUGGGCUUCGCCUGCCUUCUCUGGAGCAUCUAUUUCGCUGUCCACAUGAGAUCCAAAGUGAUCGUCAUGGUGGUCCCGGCUCUGGGCUUCCUGGUGGUGUGUGUGGGCUUUUUCCUGUUUACUUUCACCAAGCUGUACGCCCGGCAUUAUGCGUGGACCUCGAUGGCCCUCACCCUGCUCGUGUUCGCCCUGACCCUGGCUGCGCAGUUCCAGGUCUGGACACCGCUGUCAGGACGUGUUGACAGCUCCAAUCGCACUCUCACAGCCAAGGCGGCGGCAGCCACUUGCUUAUCUCAAGUGGGGAGCUUCUCCAUGUGCAUUGAAGUGCUCUUUUUGCUCUACACGGUCAUGCACUUGCCUCUGUACCUGAGCUUGUUCUUGGGGGUGGCGUAUUCUGUCCUUUUUGAGACCUUCGGCUAUCAUUUCCGAAAUGAGGACUGCUUCCCCUCCCCGGGACCCGAGGCCCUGCACUGGGAGCUGCUGAGCAGAGCCUUGCUCCACCUGUGCAUUCACGCCAUCGGGAUCCAUCUGUUUGUCAUGUCUCAGGUGAGGUCCAGGAGCACCUUCCUCAAGGUCGGACAAUCCAUUAUGCACGGCAAAGACCUGGAAGUGGAAAAAGCCCUCAAAGAGAGGAUGAUUCACUCUGUGAUGCCAAGAAUCAUAGCUGAUGACUUAAUGAGACAAGGGGAUGAGGAGAGCGAGAAUUCUGUCAAGAGGCACGCCACCUCCAGUCCCAAGAACAGGAAGAAGAAGUCGUCCAUUCAGAAAGCACCCAUAGCAUUCCGCCCCUUUAAGAUGCAGCAGAUUGAAGAAGUCAGUAUUUUAUUUGCAGACAUCGUGGGCUUCACCAAGAUGAGUGCCAACAAAUCCGCUCACGCCUUGGUAGGUCUCCUCAAUGAUCUCUUUGGACGCUUUGACCGGUUGUGCGAGGAGACCAAGUGUGAGAAGAUCAGCACCCUGGGAGACUGUUACUACUGUGUGGCGGGGUGUCCAGAGCCCCGGGCAGACCAUGCGUACUGCUGCAUUGAAAUGGGCUUGGGCAUGAUAAAAGCCAUCGAGCAGUUCUGCCAGGAGAAGAAAGAGAUGGUGAACAUGCGUGUUGGGGUUCACACGGGGACUGUCUUGUGUGGUAUCCUGGGCAUGAGGAGGUUUAAGUUCGACGUGUGGUCCAAUGAUGUGAACCUGGCUAAUCUCAUGGAGCAGCUGGGAGUGGCUGGCAAGGUUCACAUAUCUGAGGCUACUGCGAAAUACUUAGACGACAGGUAUGAGAUGGAGGACGGGAGAGUUACUGAGCGCCUGGGCCAGAGUGUGGUCGCUGACCAGUUGAAAGGUUUGAAGACAUACCUGAUAUCGGGUCAGAGAGCCAAGGAGUCUCACUGCAGCUGUGCAGAGGCCCUGCUUUCUGGCUUUGAGGUCAUUGACGGCUCACGGGCGUCCUCAGGCCCUAGGGGACAGGGGACAGCAUCGCCAGGGAGUGUCAGUGACUUGGCGCAGACUGUCAAAACCUUUGAUAACCUUAAGACUUGCCCUUCUUGUGGAAUCACAUUUGCCCCCAAAUCUGAAGCUGGUGCAGAAGGAGGAGCUGUGCAAAAUGGCUGUCAAGACGAGCCUAAGACCAGCACCAAGGCUUCUGGAGGUCCGGGCUCCAAAACCCAGAACGGACUCCUGAGCCCUCCUCCGGAGGAGAAGCUCACCAACAGCCAGACCUCCCUGUGUGAGAUCCUGCAGGAGAAGGGACGGUGGGCAGGUGUGAGCUUGGACCAGUCAGCCCUCCUCCCUCUGAGGUUCAAGAACAUCCGCGAGAAAACUGAUGCCCACUUUGUGGAUGUCAUCAAGGAGGACAGCCUGAUGAAAGAUUAUUUCUUCAAGCCGCCCAUCAAUCAGUUCAGCCUGAACUUCCUGGACGAGGAGUUGGAGCGAUCCUACAGAACCAGCUACCAGGAGGAGGUCAUAAAGAAUUCUCCUGUGAAGACGUUCGCCAGCGCCACCUUCAGCUCCCUCCUGGAUGUGCUCCUGUCCACCACGGUGUUCCUGAUUCUCUCCAUCACCUGCUUCCUAAAGUAUGGGGCGACCGCCACUCCUCCCCCACCGGCUGCCCUGGCCGUCUUUGGUGCCGACCUGCUGCUGGAGGUUUUGUCCCUAGUAGUGUCCAUCAGAAUGGUGUUCUUCCUAGAGGACGUCAUGACGUGCACUAAGCGGCUGCUGGAAUGGAUCGCUGGCUGGCUCCCUCGCCACUGCAUUGGGGCCAUCUUGGUGUCUCUCCCCGCCGUGGCUGUGUAUUCACACAUCACCUCUGAGUUUGAGACAAACAUACAGUUCACCGUGUUCACCGGCUCUGCUGUGCUGGUGGCUGUCGUGCACUACUGUAACUUCUGCCAGCUCAGCUCCUGGAUGAGGUCCUCCCUGGCCACCAUCGUGGGGGCCGGGCCACUGCUGCUGCUCUACAUCUCCCUGUGCAGGGACAGUUCCAUAGUGAUGUCACCCUUGGAUACAGCACAGAAUUUCAGUGCCGAGAGGAACCCAUGCAACAGCUCACUGCUGCAGGACAGCAGGAGGCCGGCCAGCCUCAUAGGCAAGGAGCUCAUCCUCACUUUCUUCCUCCUGCUGCUCCUGGUCUGGUUCCUGAACCGAGAGUUCGAGGUCAGCUACCGACUGCACUACCACGGGGAUGUGGAGGCUGACCUGCAUCGCACCAAGAUCCAGAGCAUGAGGGACCAGGCCGACUGGCUGCUGCGGAACAUCAUCCCCUACCACGUGGCCGAGCAGCUGAAGGUCUCCCAGACCUACUCCAAGAACCACGACAGCGGAGGGGUGAUCUUCGCCAGCAUCGUCAACUUCAGCGAGUUCUAUGAGGAGAACUACGAAGGGGGCAAGGAAUGCUACCGGGUCCUCAACGAGCUGAUCGGGGACUUCGACGAGCUGCUGAGCAAGCCAGACUAUAACAGCAUCGAGAAAAUCAAGACCAUCGGGGCCACGUACAUGGCGGCGUCCGGGCUGAACACAGCCCAGUGCCAGGAAGGUGGCCGCCCGCAGGAGCAUCUGCGCAUCCUCUUCGAGUUCGCCAGGGAGAUGAUGCGUGUGGUGGACGACUUCAACAACAACAUGCUGUGGUUCAACUUCAAGCUCAGGGUCGGCUUCAACCACGGACCCCUCACGGCCGGCGUCAUCGGCACCACCAAGCUGCUCUACGACAUCUGGGGGGACACCGUCAACAUCGCCAGCAGAAUGGACACCACGGGGGUGGAGUGCCGCAUCCAGGUGAGCGAGGAGAGCUACCGCGUGCUGAGCACGAUGGGCUACGACUUCGACUACCGGGGGACUGUGAACGUCAAGGGGAAGGGGCAGAUGAAGACCUACCUUUACCCCAAGUGCAUGGACAGCGGGGCCGUGCCCCAGCACCAGCUGUCCAUCUCCCCAGACAUCCGUGUCCAGGUGGAUGGCAGCAUUGGGCGCUCUCCCACCGAUGAGAUUGCCAACUUGGUGCCUUCUGUUCCGUACUCAGACAAGACUUCGCUGGGAUCUGAUGACAGCACACAGGCCAAGGAAGUUCACCUGUCCUCCAAGAGGCCCUGGAGAGAACCCGUCAAAGCUGAGGAAAGGUUUCGAUUUGGCAGAGCCAUGGAGAAGGAUGACUGUGAUGACACAGGCGUGGAAGAGGCCAAUGAACUCAGCAAGCUCAACGUCUCGAAGAGUGUAUGAGGCAGCACGGAGAGCUGCCGAGGUGCUCUGUUCGUCCAAACACAAUAAUAUCCGGAGCAGUAGGCUGGCGCGCUACCCAGCGCCUCAGCUUCUGUCCCUGGACGUGGUGUCAUGUGGUCAUUUCAGCCCUAUUCUCUGUGUGGAUCACAGUAAUUCAGGGUUCAUUUCCACCCAUUUCCUCUUUCCUUUACUCCCUUUCCUGGAAGCCUGCCCCCAGCCUGGGGGGUCCAUUAAGCGGUGUGGAGGAAUACAAGUGCCUUCAGGGUUUGGCCUUGCGUCUAGGGCUGAGGCCACUGGUGGAAUAAUGGCCCUGGCUAUUAUUUGACUUCUUUAAAAAAAAAAAAAAAAAAAAAAAGGAAAAAAAAAGCUGUGGUUAAAAUACCAUUUUUAUUGCCUUUUCUCACAAGUUUUUUUUUUUUUUCUCAUUCAGUAUUUUCCAGUUUAUUUUUUUUUCUAUAUAUGUAAUAGUGUUUUUCAGUCACCUGGCCUUUCUAAGCACACACACGCACACACACACUUGCAUUUAUGAAUCUGACAUAAAGUGCCAGUAACUCAUGUGGGGGAGGGGCUAUAAAAGGGAGCAGGGCCGGGAAGCUCAGCAAGCCCACGCCUAGCCUCUCUCGGGUACCUGGGCCCACAUUCCUGUGGCCCUCAAAUGGACCUCUCCGCCCCCAGCAGUGGGCAGUGUCAGGGGCUCGUCUGCACGCAAGCCAAGAUUUCGUAUGCUCACCAGGCACAAAGCUUACAACCCGGCCUCAGGCACCUCAAAGCCGUGUUUUCAUCCAGACCAUCCACAGAGCCAGGCCUCAGGCACCUCAAAGCCGUGUUUUCAUCAAGCCAAGAGUGCAGAUGUUUGUCUCAGAAGCUGACCCAUCUGAGGGAGACGUUUAACCAUCCGAGGAUGAAUUUAUUUAUUUAUUUAUUUAUCGAGAUGUGUGCGUUAUGGGGAGGGGCCGCUGGGUAGUUUUGGUGGAGGGGAACAGGGAGUGGGCAACGCAGUUUGAAAAGGACACAGCAGACCAAUGACAAGAUGUCCCUCUGUGUUUCACGUCUCAUCCACGGAGGCCCGAGGUGCCACCAGGGUGCUGCUCCCCCUCAUGGGGAUCCAGAGUAAAACUGGCUCGGCUCCACGCGGGAUUCUGCAAACCUUCCAGCCCGUCCUCCCACGGUUGGCCUGCACAGGCUAAUCUGUGGUGGGAUUUACUUCUUCUGGCCAAUUCAGACUCUUGAAAGGGGUUUCUUACAGUGUAUCAAGGGACAGGACCAUCCGUCUGUUUGGCAGAGGAGGUGCAAACAGCCAGACACAAGGAUGUUUGUGUCCCUGGCUGCUAGCCUUGCUCGUAAUUGUGUUCUUCCAUGUUGAGUCUCCAGCGUAUGCUGAAUGGAACUCAGGCCUCAGUUGCCCUGUCCUCGUCAUUUUUCCAGGUGACGCUGGUGUGCAGCUCAUGAGACAGCUGAGGACCAGCUCUGUGUCUGUGGGAGGCCUUCGCGCCCGGCCCUGUGGCGUGUUCUUUCACUGUAAACCUCACUGUAUAGUUUUCACAUCUUGAGUUAAGCCCCGUUGUCACUCCUCCCCAAAGAUGGAGAGAACCCGGCUGAUGCUAGCAAGGUGACAUCUUAGCUCUUGUCACCCACUUCCCUGGGGACACCUGGGAUGGCCACCCAUGCAGCACAGCCAUGCCAGGACCUAGAGUAUUCUUAGUGACUGGAAGAUUUUCCUUCCCAGUUGGCUCCCUGUUGGUCUUCCAACUCGAAGAACAGAUAAGUUGUGACAAUACCUCUUGCUUCUAAAGAAUGUAUUCUUGUACAAUGCCACAGAUUUUUUUCUUUUCUUAAAAGCACUAGCUGAUUCUUUCCUUGUACGAGGGAUUUAGGGCAUGUUGGGUUUCCCUCUGUCAGUAUUAGGGUGUGCACAUCAUCUGAGUGUCAGUCAGUCUGUCCUCAGGCUGCCUCGCUCUGAGGAGCUAGCUGGUGGUCCGUGUUUUUGCAGCCUUGGUUCUACCAAGAUGUGCUCUACCAAGCUGAUCUCUGCACCCCUCUUCCCUCUCACAUUCUCUUCCUCUCUCUGCUACAAAGGUAUUUGUGAUUCUUUCCCUGCCCAUUCCCCAACCCUAAACCUGCAAACCAGCCAGAGAGAGUCAUUAACCUUGAGGCAGUGGCCGGUUCCGCAUCGUGCGUGUAGAGCCCUGGUUGGAGGGAAGCUUGCACAGCGUGCAAUGCUCUUAAGAAACACCCUGAGCCUUCCUGAAGAACCAGUGCAGACAUUUUCUUCUUUCAGGGUGCGAGGCCCCUGGAGCCUUUCCAGCUCCCUGCCCCAAAGCAUACCUCAACACAGAGCCGCAGGGUCCUGCAGCAUACCUGCCGUGCAGCUUGGUCUGUUGACGUUGAACAAACAGCUGUUGCUGGAGACAGUUGGGCUUCUAGGCGGUGGACUCGAGGUCCUCCGGGUGGCAAUACUCCUUAGGAGCCUGGGCAGGAAGCAAUACUACAGAAUUGAAUGUGUGUACAUAGUUGCUUUGCAUUGUGUUUCCCGUUCCUCCUCGGCCCCGGCUCAGCUCAGUCUAUACAUCUGUCUGAUCAAGCACACGUAAUUUUAGCCCACACAAAUGAACAUAGAGCAUCAGUUGUGAAACCUUAAACUGCUUGACGAGCCCCCCCCCCCCCCAUGUGCCGCACCUGCGCAUGGCUCCCUCCACCCUGACUUCACUCCCGGGUACCGCACCUGCACACUCGCACACGACACGGAGAACCAAAGGCAGCGUGCAACCAUCACCUGGGCUGCAGUCACUUGUAGUUUCCAAAGAUAAGUCUGCUUUGGGAUUUCUUGAUUUUCAAGGUAAGCUUUUUUUUUUUUUUUUUUUUUUUUUUUUUUGGGGGGGGGGGAUUGGUUGUUUUGAAAAUUGCAUCAUGCCUAGAACGUGAAAUUAUAUUGGCGAGAACCAAUUGUUUGCAUUUUCAUGUUUCCUUUGCUCUGCUUUUUAAAUUGUUAAUUCUAAGAAUCUCAAAAUGCAUCCACUGAAAAAAAAAAAAAAAGGGGAUUAAAAUAUUCUAAAACUAAA